UUGCUUUGUUUCCUCCUUUAACAGUUUAUCUUUAGGAACUUUACUGUUUGUUUAGCUCAUGUUGGAUUUCUUCACACAACAAACAGUGUGUGUUUUCAUUUCCAGUCUCUCCAUUAAAGUGUGUAAUGUUUUCCUGGCUAACACUUGGAGCAAAUCUAAACUGGUUCUUUGUAUUCAUGGAAACAGCACAAGCUACAAAAAUCAAAAAUUAGUCAUUUUAUAUAAAUGUAUUUUAAAUAGAUAUUACUCAUGUUUGACUCUACUUUAAAUACUGCGUCAUAAAAUGUUGGCUAUGUUCCAAUAGACUGUUCUCACCAGAAACAGGUUUAACAGGUUUUAUCCCGGUGUUGGAUUAAGGCUCCUAAAGGUGCAGUGUGUUACGGCAACCGAUGCCGCCAAAGAUAUACCUCCAACUGUGACUUGGUGUCUUUGACUGAGAUGUCGCUAUUAAAUGUUAGGUCGCUGACAAAUAAGACUUUUAUUGUGAGCGAGUUUUUUUUUCUACUGCUACAGGACUGGAUUUACUAUUCAUGACGGAGACUUGGAUUCGUCACUGUCUUUUCCUUUUUCAGAGCUCCUUCCUCCAAAUUGUGCCUUUUUAAGCUCACCGAGACCUUCGGGCAGGGGUGGAGGACUGGCAGUGGUCUUUAGGAAUAAAUUCCGAGUAUGACACCUGCCCUCCCCUAUGUUCCCUAGCUUUGAAACUCAACUGCUGGAACUUGCUGGUCCCCCCUUGACUCUCUGUGUUGUGAUCUACUGUCCCCCAAAAUAUAACAAGACUUUCAUUAAUGACUUUGCUGACCUUUUAGCAUCUCUUUGCCUAAAUUAUGAUCGUGUUCUUAUCACUGGCGAUUUUAACAUUCACAUUUGUUGUAAAGAUGAUGUGUUUGCCAAGGAUUUUCUAGUCUUAGCUGACUCUUUUUCAGAAUCAGAAUCAGUUUAUUGCCAAAUGUUGAGCAGGUUUACAACAUUAGGAAAUUAAUUUUAAUCUUAUCCAGUGGAUUAAUGCACCUACCCACUUCAAAGGACCCUUGGUUUGAUUUUUUUCUUAUGGACUGGACAUUUGUAUCAGGGACAUCAGCAACAUUGGAAUCUCCGGCCAUUUCCUAGUCAUCUCUGAUGGUGAAGGUAGAAAGUGUGUGUGUGUGUGUGUGUGUGUGUGUGUGAGCUGAUGUGAAUUCGGCAGCAUGGAUCAGUGUGAAGACAGAGAGGAGGGAGUCCCUCCCUCUAAAACCACUCUGUGUGGGAAACAUGAGAGCCAGACCAAAGCUCAGAGGAAUAAACGAGGAACUAAGGGGAAACAUCAACCUGAACCCAGCUCUGUAUCCUUAAAGAGUGACCGGUCCAAAAUGCACCCCAUGGGUUUUAAAGGCCAGCCUGUGUCUCCUGCAGAGAGAGUGGACCAGCAGAGCUCAGAGGUCCCCAGUGGUCAGUCUGCCCAGCAGCAUCAAACACAGCUGGACUCCAUAUUUAUGGUGCUGGAGGACAACAUCAUAACUUUUGUAAAAAAUGAACUGAAGAAAAUUCAGAAACUUCUAAACUCUGAUUACCCAGAACAAAAGGGGGAUGAGGAGGGGAGCAGCAGAGAGGCUUUUGUGAACAUCACACUAGACUUCCUAAGAAAAAUGAAGCACGAUGAACUCGCUGACCUUCUAAAGAGCAAAACUUUCAUUAGGGACUCCCAUUGGAGCCAAGAUGAACUUAAAUUUACUUUGAAGAAGAAGUUCCAGUGUGUGUUUGAGGGGAUUGCUAAAGCAGGAAACCCAACCCUUCUGAAUCAGAUGUACACAGAGCUUUAGAUCACAGAGGGAGGGACUGCAGAGGUCAAUGAUGAACAUGAGGUCAGACAGAUUGAAGCAGCAUCCAGGAAACCAGACAGACCAGAAACAACAAUCAGACAAGAAGACAUCUUUAAAGCCUCACUUG